AAAUCCCUCGUGCGUUCCUUCCGCUCCCUUGCCAGCCAAACAACUACUGAAACUCCCAGUCAUCUCAUCAAACCAUAUCACAUACGAACAGUUACCACAACACUCUCAUCAACUUCAUUCAGCCCAGCACAGAAUAAUGCCUCGUCGUUCAAGUAGCAGCAGCGGUGGCAGCCGCACCUCAACUCGGUCUGCCUCCACAUCCACUCAUCAACCUGUUCAAGCUCGCCCCCCAGCACCGCCUGCCGCCCAACAGUCAUCUGUUCCUGCCAUGCAACAACCAACCUCAUCCGGUCCCGGGUUAUUUGGUCAAAUGGCAUCCACCGCUGCCGGUGUCGCUGUAGGUCACACCAUGGGUCAAGGUCUUUCCAGCAUGUUGUUCGGCGGGGGCUCCAAGGAAGAGGCGCCGGUCACCGCCGCCCAGACCAAACCAUUCGAUGAACCUCAAAUGGGAGGCCAGUGCGAAACAGCUGCCAAGGAUUUCACUCGAUGUCUUGAAAGCACUAAGAACGACAUGAACAGCUGCAGUUAUUACCUCGAGCAGCUCAAGGCCUGUCAAAACAUGUUCCAACAAACUCGUUAAAACCCGACGAAACCUCUCUAGCCCUCUCAUUGCGCAUAGCUUGAUUAAAUCCCCAAACCCAGAUAUCGUCGUGGCAUUCUAUUGGUAGAUAGAAAAUUUCAUUGUUUAGCGGCACUGCACAAUGAUUCUGUCAAGCCAUGUGUCAUUUACUUUUUACAUCGUGGAAAACGAUACAUGAAUCAAUUCAAAAUCUGUCCACUAUGUCGCUUGUCCCUUUUCUCUUCAAUCUUGUUGGUUGGAGUAUUGUCUCCACAGGCAAUUUUAGCCAAAGGAUUAAAUGAGUCAAAUUUAACAUGUCUUGAUCACAGCC